GUCUUAAGGACUGUAUGAUGAUCCAAAAAAUUUUUCAGAAAAUCCGUUUGUUUGAAAAUAGUGGCUUUAUAGAAUUUCAAAUUAUGCCAGGGUGGAUUUUUGAAGCUCAGUUUUAAAUUCCGUGUAGUGAUCCGUAAUUGACGUCUGAUCUUCAUCAGAUUAUUUAUGUGGUUCAUACAUGAAGGAAGAUAAGUUAUUUUGCAUGUGUGGACUAAUCGUCGGGAUCGUAUUGCUAUUUUAUGUAUUGUCGCCUCAUAGUCCGACAUGCUUACUAAGAAGCUGUAUCCAUAAUCAGAAUGACCAUACAGGUUUUCUGUAUGCUGUUCCAACUACAAAAACAACUAAGCAUUUGAUGACAUAUACGAGAGAUAAUUCAAGUAAUGUGUCUGUGCUCGUCUUCAUCCAUAUUCAGAAAACUGCCGGUACACUUCUAGAACGUCGUCUAGUUAAAGAUGGUUUAGUGGGCAAAACAUGUUACUGUUUUGUCAGAAGACGCUGUAAUUGUAAAACGCCAAGUGGUGAUACUUGGCUUGUCAGCAGAUAUUCUACAGGCUGGGUAUGUGGACUUCAUGCUGAUUUAACUGAAUUAACGGAAUGUAUUGACAGCAAACUAAACAAAGUGGACCAUCAUAUUAUUAAAAGAAGGUACAUAUAUUUUACUUUGUUACGUGAUCCUGUCGAUCGUUUUGUUAGUGAAUGGCAACAUAUACGUCGCGGUGCUACAUGGCAUGCAGCUACUCUUCGAUGUAAUAAACAAUACCCACCACUUGAACACUAUAAACCAUGUUAUUUUAAUGAAGAAAUUGUCGAAAAUAUCCCAUCUAAUGUAUCCAUUAAAUCUGUUAUAGAUUGUCCUUACAAUUUAGCAAGUAAUCGUCAAACAAGAAUGUUAGCAAACCUUUCUAGUCUAGGAUGUUAUAAACAUUUAACAAAAUGGUCUCAACCUCUCAAUGUCACAGUAUUAACCCAUAUUCCACAAGUUUCAUUAGCUCUUUUAAACAGUGCUAAACAUAAUCUUGUCAGUAUUAUCAGUUGUUAUGGUUUAAGUGAAUACUUAAUUUAUUCACAAUACAUAUUACAAAAAUGUUUACAUAUUACUUUUAAACGUUCAUUUAUUGAAUUUAAUAAAAUAUCUUUUAUGAAACAAAGAUUAUUGUUUACACAUGCUACAAUAAUCCGUUCCAAUUUAAAUCAGUCUACUUUGCAUGAAAUACAAAAUGUAAAUAGGCUAGAUAUUUUUCUAUACAAUUUUGCCAAACAAUUAUUUGUGUAUCGAUUAGUAAAUUAUUUAUUAUUUGAUUCAAAUAUACCGCUGCAUUUCAGACGACCUUUACAUACUAUUUGGCAUAAUAGACCUAGGUCUAAAUCAUAUAUAGGUCUAAGUUAUUUACUGUUUUCCAAUCCUAUCAUCAAUUAUCAUGAUGUUAAUAUCAGUAGUAAUGCAUUUUCAUAUCGUUUCAAUUUAUUUCUUACUAAUUUGUUCAUUCGUAAAGGUAGCAUUCCAGUAUCUGAGUCUAUUUUAACCAGUGAAAAUAAGAAAUGGAGUGAUCGACUUUCUUACGAUUUUAAAAUCUAGUUUGUAAAUUACUUACGAUUUGUUCAUCGACCAUCUCCCUCUUCGCUCACUUUUUGUAUUUCUAUUUUUCCAAACAGUUUUGGAUUGUAAAAUGAUGUUUGUUUUACCAAAUAUUAUUUAAAGUAUUUUCUCACAAAUUGUUCUAAUGAGAAGAGUAAAGAAAGCGACAAACUAUGGAAAAGCAUUUGUGGGGGUGGCAUUAGUAUACUUAAUUUCUAUACGUUAUUAUUAACGGUUAUUUCAUAUGAUUUCCAUUUUUUCAUAAUCGCAACUUUCCAUUUUAUCCAGCAUAUCUUCUUUUUUUCCUGAAAUAAUUGUAAUCUAAUCAUGAGUUAAAUAUCCUAAUUUUGUACCCGAAAUGUAUUAUUUUAGUUGUUCAUAUCUCUAGAUAUGUACAUUUAUGAGUUAGCGAUUCAUUUAGAUACAGACGUUUAGACUAAUAUCUUC